AUGACUAGUAACAACCCAGAUGAUAAGAACGGAAAGAUGCCUUCGUAUUUUCAUUUGCCACCACUUGAUGUCUCUCUGGCAUUUCCACAAGCAACUCCCGCCUCUACUUUUCCUCCCUGUGUUUCAGAUUAUUUUCAAUUGGACGACUUGUUGACAUCGGAGGAGCAGGCUGUUAGGUUGAAAGUGAGAAAGUGUAUGGAAAAAGAAAUUGCUCCCAUAAUGACCCAGUAUUGGGAGAAGGCUGAAUUCCCGUUUCAUGCUAUUCCAAAGCUUGGCGAACUGCGUAUUGCUGGUGGCACAAUCAAGGGUUAUGGCUGUCCCGGUCUUUCAGUAACUGGAAAUGCUAUUGCUACAGCAGAAGUUGCUAGAGUUGAUGCAAGCUGUUCAACUUUCAUUUUGGUCCAUUCAUCCUUGGCAAUGCUCACUAUUGCUUUAUGUGGGUCUGAAGCUCAAAAGGAAAAGUAUCUACCUUCGUUGGCACAGCUAAAAACUAUAGCAUGUUGGGCUUUGACUGAACCUGACUAUGGAAGUGAUGCUAGUGCUUUGAAGACCAUAGCGACUAAGGUUGAAGGUGGUUGGAUCCUUGAGGGCCAAAAACGGUGGAUCGGAAACAGUACAUUUGCUGAUUUGUUGAUUGUCUUCGCAAGGAAUACCUCAACAAACCAAAUAAAUGGAUUUAUCAUACACAAAGAUGCACCUGGUUUAACUGUCACAAAAAUAGAGAAUAAAAUUGGACUUAGAAUUGUACAAAAUGGAGACAUUGUUAUGAGAAAAGUUUUUGUCCCUGAUGAGGAUAGAAUAGCAGGAGUAAAUUCUUUUCAGGAUACAAACAAGGUACUCGCAGUUUCGCGUGUGAUGGUUGCCUGGCAACCUAUUGGUAUAUCAAUGGGCAUCUAUGAUAUGUGUCACAGGUACCUAAACGAGAGGAAACAAUUUGGAGCACCAUUAGCAGCUUUCCAACUCAACCAACAGAAGCUUGUUCAAAUGCUCAGUAAUGUUCAAGCAAUGGUUCUUGUUGGUUGGCGUCUAUGCAAGCUGUAUGAAAGUGGUAAAAUGACCCCUGGUCAUGCUAGCUUGGGGAAGUCAUGGAUCUCCUUGAGAGCAAGAGAAACAGCUGCUUUGGGGAGAGAAUUGCUUGGUGGGAAUGGAGUCUUGGCUGAUUUUCUAGUGGCUAAGGCAUUUUGUGACUUAGAACCUAUCUACACAUACGAAGGUACAUAUGAUAUCAACACUUUAGUUACAGGCAGAGAAGUUACUGGUUUUGCCAGCUUUAAGCCAGCUACUCAAAGAAGUAGAAUGUGA